ACCAUUUAUCCCAAAGUUAUGUCAAGUUAAAAUGUGUAAUCUUCCAAUGUUAUUUGUAUGGAAAUUCAAUUUCUUGCCAUGCAGUGGUGGGGACAGCCGCAAUUGAGACGGCCCGUUUUUCGUAACAUACGAAAGUGGGCGGGUCCGUAAUCCGUAUACACUAUACAAUAACCACAAAUCUAUAAUUAUUAAUUAUUACAUACGGGUGGGUAUUACACUGUAUAUUGUAUAUAGGUUAUCUACGAAAUUGAAAAUACCUUUAUGGCUUUAUCCUUUAUGUAUAUUGUAUUUUUUAUAUCAAACUCAACCGGUAAUAAUAAUUAUUUAUUAAUUAUACAUUUUUCCGUUUAUUUCUGAUCUAAUAUUUCUCAAGCCUACAAAGUUUUAAAUCAAUGGGUUAUAUUAAAUUUGAAAUGUAACUUAAUUUUAAGAAAUCUGUUAUAAUUAACUUGAAGUUAACACGUUAAAUACUAUGUUCAAAAUUUAACCUUUUAAGUUGAAAGUUAAGUUUCAUAAAAAGGUAACGAGUUACUUAACUUAGUUAUUAACUUAAAGUUUCAACAUAAUUUUAAUUUUGAACUCGCCUUGGUUAGUCUUAUACUUGCCACCUGUUGGUCAACGUAAUUUGUAUGCCAGUAUUCUUCGUACCUAUUUAUAAUAUACUUAUAUACGUGUUGGGUAUCUUUACCGUGCACAGAUAAUAUCUGUGUUACCGUGUCUCUAAUCAGUGUCCGUGGUCUGGAAAUAAUGUGUGUAAUGAUCUAGCAGUCAUUCCUGUUAAAUUCUGUUUAUUUAGUCAUAAUUAUGACCAAUAAGGGGGCAGAAUGCAUAGAAAAGAUAAUGGCAGCAGUUUACCGAUAGCUGGACUUGAAGCUUUAGAUAUAGUUAUUAGUUUAACCGUCGGACGUGUAAGCUGUUAAUAGCCAGCGCCUUAAACAGAAUAAUGGAAACUAGUUACAUCAGCAAUGGUGUGUCCAGUCCUCUUAGUGCUUCCUCGCCUCUAAAACGAAAUGCCGAAAGAAAAAUUAAGUAUAGUUCCAUUGAUUCUCUAUUGCAUGAAAUGGUGAAUACUUACGAGUACAAUGACAAGUUAUUAAGAAACGUAGAUUAUGGCCAUGCGCAGCGUAGUGUCAAUUUUCAAGUAAAAGAUAUUAGAUCUCCUGUUCUAACCAAAAAAACUGUUUGCGAUGAAUUAGAUGACAACAAUUUACAGAGUUUAUGUGACGACUUGGAAAAUGUAACCCCACGUGUAACCACAGCUUUAAAUGAUUACCAAAAAUUGGACUCAGUUUCAAAAGAAAAUUUGUGGUUGAAACUCGGAAAAGAAAUUUACCAUAGUCAAAAUAUAGAAAAAAAAUGUAUAGAUUUAGAAAAAAAGUUAACAAAUUAUGAAAAGAAAAUGGUUGAAUAUAAAGAAGUAGAUUGCCAAAAAAAUAAUCUUCUUGAUGAUCUUGCUGCACGGUCUGCUAUGGUUUUAAGUCAAGUAAGAGCAUAUUGUACAAUCAAUGAAAAAAUCAACAGGGAUUUACAAUCUGAGCGCAAGAAUAAAAAAGAAAUUUUGGAAGCAAUGAAAGAAAAAAUCGAACAUUAUAAAAGUGAUACAGCUAAAGCUAUUUCUCGAAGUAAUUCUUACAAGGCUCUAACAAAAAAUGCUGAAAAAAAGUUGAAUGAAUUAUUAAUUAAAUUUCAAAAAGUAGAAGAACAUGCAAAACAAUUACAACUAAGUAUUCACAAAAAAAAUGAAGAAAAUGAAAGACUUCAAAAUGAAUUAGUUAAAUUACAAGAAAAAAAUAAAAAUAUAGCUGAAAAGUGCAAUAGAUCAAUAAAUAAGUGUUGUGAGUUAGAGAAAGAAGUAUUAGUAUUAAAUCAAGAAAAAAAAGUGCUAUGUGAAAAAACUUUAAAAUAUGAUCAACUUUUAGAUCAAAAGCGUAAAAUUGAAGGCAUAGUAGAUCAAAUGAAAAGUACUGAGGCACAAACUGCAGAGGAACUUAAUGCAGCAAAAGACGAAAUCAAAACUCUGAAAAAUGAUCUAAGAAGCUUUUAUCAAAAACAGCUGGAUUGUGUGCUUGCUGAAAAAGUAUCAGAUUAUCAACGUAAAUUAGAUGGAAUUGUUCAAAUUACAAAAGAAGAAAAUAAAUUGAUCAAAAUUCAAAUGAAUAAUCAAAUAAUUAAUUUUAAAGAAAGAUAUGAAAAAGAAAAGGCUCAAAUCAAUUCAAAACACAGAGAAGAGUUAGAACAUUUUGAAGUACUUAUAAAAGAUAAAUUAGAAUGUAUUUCUGCAUUAGAAAAACGUUUAGAAGCUGAAGUUCAAGAAAAGCGACAAUUAGUUAAAAGUGUUAUGGGAGUAGUAAAAAAUGUGAACAUUGAUAGUCAAUCAAAUUCAAAUUCAAAUACUGAUAUUAAAUAUCAAAGAAAAAAACCAAAUAAUAAUAGUAAUUCAUCUUCAAAAUCAGAAGAUGAUUUUUCAUUUGUUGAACAAGAACGUUUAUUGCACCAAGUAACUCCGACAGAGUUAAGAAAGCAUAUUGAAAUUCUCUUGAAUAAAUAUCCUGGAAAUCCUUUGGCAUAAGCAUGAAAGUUUGAUUGUAUUAUAACUUGUUUAUACUAGUACUGUAUAGGUACUGCAUAAAAUAUUAAAAUAUUAACUAUAUUUAUGUACAUUUAUUGUUCCUUUACAAACUAAUUA